GCAGAUAAGACAGUGGCUAGAAGGAGGGAAGGAAGGAAUCUAGCUGCCCUUAACACAGGUAGUCUUAUAGGAUCAUUCGAAAGAGAAUUAGACAGUGCCGUGGCUUUCUGGCAAAUGCAGUAGAAAGCCAUACAGAGCAGCGCCACACACACACUGUGGCUUUUACACCUUGGUAACAAGGAUUCAACUAAGGAUUUUAGUUUGAACAAGUCAUCAGUCAAAUGGACCGAACCGUAUGAGGAACACAGGCUUUGAGCUCGGCUUUGGCUAACCUCCAUCUCAUUGGCUCUUGUGUUGCAGGUGCUUGGACCACUGAAUCUCUUUUUCCCUACUGUGUUUCUGUGGGCUGAGCCUGUUCUGUUCCUAGGUCUUGGUCCCAGUACAGACUGAAGCAGGGUGAAUGAUGUACGGACUGCUGUGUGAGUCUCUGCAUGACUUCAUCAAGGAGUCGUAUGGAGAUGAUGUGUGGAAACUGGUCAGAGAGAGGGCAGAUGUCAGGCUACACUCCUUUGUCACCCACCAGGUAGAUUUGGACAUGUUGUUCACAAAAUAAAACCGUUGUGUAUUUAUGUUCCAAGGGGUCCUGAUAUGCCAAUUGAUACAGUAUUUAGAAAUGUGUGUAUGUAGUUCUGUUUCUACCUUGAGCUCUAUAGAUUGCCAUCAGUAGAGAUGUCUCUCUGCAGGUCUACAGUGAAAGUGUCUGUAGCUCUGUUUGUUGCUGUGGAUGAUCUCUGUCAGUAUAUGUGUCUCUCUGAAGGUGUACAGUGAAAGUGUCAGUAGUUCUGUCUGUGAAUACCUGUGUGUGUUUGCAGGUGUACAGUGAGAGUGUCAUCCCGCGUAUUGCUAAGGCAGCAAGCGGAGUGACAGGAACCCCCUACAACGAGCUCAUGAACUCCUGGGGGGUCUAUUUCCUGGGCUUCGUAGGGAAGUACGGUUACGACAGGAUCCUCAAGGUGGGACUUGCGCUUACACUGGAAUUGUCAUAAACAUGUUAUUGUGUUUUUGAUUGAUGGUUUGAUUAUUGCUUUUCAGCAUUAUUUAUCUGUGUUGUGUCUGUGUUGAGCUCUUGUUUCUGUGUCUGCGUGUCCCAGGUGUUGGGUCGUCAUGUGCGUGACUUUGUGAAUGGGCUGGAUAACCUCCAUGAGUACCUGCGCUUCAGCUACCCCAAGGUCCAGCCCCCUACCUUCUUCUGUCAGGAGGAAUCAGCUACCGGAGUCACCCUCCACUACAGGUCUGAGAGGAGAGGAUGAGAGAGAGAGAUAAAUAUAUAUAUAUAUAUAAAUAAAUAUAUAUAAUAUUUAUAUAUAUAAUAUCUAUAGUAGAGAGAGAGAGAGAGAGCGUCAGAGAGAGAGAGGAGAGAAGAGCGCAGCGAUCUCGCGAGAGCUACGCGCGCAGCGCUGACGCCCUCGCGAAGCAGCAGAGGCUAGCGAUAGAGAGCGAGAUGGGAAUAACUCCACCACCCAUUCACCAAAGACACUCUCCUCCCUCCCCUCUGUGUCCUGUAGGAGUAAGCGUAAGGGCUACCUGCACUAUGCCAUGGGCCAGUUGAGACAGAUGGGGAAACAGUUCUACGACACAGACAUCCACGUGGAGGUGCUGUCUGAACAACUGGUGGGAGAUUACUCACACGUCACCAUGAGGUCAGAGUCAGACUACACGAACACUCCCUGCGUCCCAAAUGGCACCCUAUUCUCAUUGUGCAUUACUUUUGACCAGGGCCCAUAGUGCUCUGGUCAAAAGUAGUGCAGUAAAAUAGAAUGCAUUUGGGACUCAGCACUCUCUAAACAAAUCAACCUCCAUUUGUAUCAUGUGCAUUAGACUCUGAAACGUUUGCUUAAUAGCACUGAAGUCAUGAUAAAAUGGAUAAUCAUGGAGUGUAUCUAUGUACAGCUUUUCAUAAAGUCUCAUUGUUUACAUUGUUUGGGAAGGGGGUGGGGUAACCUUAUCCACCAUGUAGAAGUCAUGUAUACAGUGCAUCAGUAAGUGGUGUAAGUUAGCUAAUGUGAGGUUUUCAAAAUGGCCUCUCUGUGUUGCCUGCGUUUUCUGUUUUCUGCAGGCUGAACUUUGACAACUCUGCCUACCGUUACAUCAUGAAGGAGGACGAGGAGGAGCAGGAGAUUCUGCCCAUCACCAGCGACUUCUUCUUCGAAGUCUUCCCCUUCAACAUCGUUUUCAGACAGGUAAACCAUCAGUCUCUCCACUUCUCCUCCUCCCAUGAAGACCACUCUGAUAUCAUCUGGAUAUUCGUUAUCAUCAACAUUGCCUCAGCAAAGGAAAGGAACAUGUGAAGCUGUAUAAGUGUGCUAAAUCCACACUAAAAACGUAGCAAUCCAGACAUACAAUUUUUCAUGAAUCUUCUCUGUGCUCUAUGUAGGACAUGGUGGUGCACAACGUGGGCUCUGGCCUGGCCACAGUCUUCCCUGACCUGGAUGGGAAAAAGAUAAAUGAUGCCUUCCUGCUGGCGCGCCCCCUGGUGGAGUUUCACCUGGAACAUGGUGAGACCUCUUCUGUUCCCAUACAAUUCUAGUUCCUACCCCUUAACACAUCACACAGAUUUACUAUUCACUUCUUCUUUUCAAUGUCACGUACUGACAUUGAACGUAUUAUCUGGUUUAAAUCCACACAGAUCAUCUCCCACCCCAACAACCUGUUUGAGAUCAUGUCCAAGGAGCCAGUGAAGAGAGAGAGGAACCUUCAUAACAGAGUCCAGAGUAAGAGAGGGACCCAUUUAAAAGGGGCAACACAUAACUGUGCGUGUGGGAAAAACUUGAAAUGGAUGUCUUUGUUCUUUUUUUUCUGAUGGUACCUUCUAUCCCCUCCAACUCGUAGGGUUUUCGAAGAUUGACAGAGCUGUAUGUUCUCUCUCCCUCAGAUUCGGACUAUGAGAAUGCUAACCGUACAGCUGACGUAGACGUAGAGCUCAUGGCCUUCCAGUCCAUCAUUGGCGAUGACUACAAAGGUCAAGAUCCUUUAGAACGGUGUUUCUCAAUCCUGGUCCCAGGGAUCCAAAGGGGUGCACAUUUUUGUUUUUGCCCUAGCACUACACACAUGAUUCAAAUAAAAUGCCUGAUGAUGAGUUGAUUAGUUGAAUCGACUGUGUUAGUGCUAGGGCAAAAACAAAAAUGUACACCCCUUUGGGUCCCCGGCACCAGGAUUGAGAUACACUGCUUUAGAACCCUCACACCAACACUGACCUGACCCCUGUCUGUCUGUCUGUGUGUGUGUGUGUGUGUGUGUGUGUGUGUGUGUGUGUGUGUGUGUGUGUGUGUGUGUGUGUGUGUGUGUGUGUGUGUGUGUGUGUGUGUGUGUGUGUGUGUGUGUGUGUGUGUGUGUGUGUGUGUGUGCGUGCGUGCGUGCGUGCGUGCGUGCGUGCGCAUGAUUGCGUGCGUGCGUGUGUGUGUGUGUUUGACGCUCUUUUUCUCCCCUCUCAGAUGGCAACAGUGCUAAUGCUAUGGAGAGCUGGGGUGAUGGCAGUCGCUGUCUGAAACUGAAAGGACAGAUGAGAUACAUGCCUGAGUGGGAGUCCAUCAUCUUUCUGGGAACCCCUGUGUAAGACACACACACACACACACACACACACGCACUCAUUGGUGGUUUGUCCUGUUCUGUUGAAUAGCAUUAUGUGUGUGCUUGUGUGUGUGUGUUUCUACAGGAUGGAGAGUCUGAGUGCCAUGUUUAAAACCGGUCUCUAUAUCAACGACCUGAGUAUGCAUGACUCCAGUAGAGACCUGGUACUGGCAGGAACCCAGCAGUCAGAGGAACUCAAGAGAGCUCUCAUACAGGUAUGUAUCAUAUGAUACUGUUUGUCUGUAGUUACUGAUUUGUGCUGAAGCGUCCCUAAUAGCACCCUAUUACCUCUGUUGUGCACUACCUUUAACCAGAGUGCACUAUAAAGGGAAUAGGGUGCUAUUUGGGAUGCAACAUGUCUAUGAUCAGAUUGACUCAGUACUGUGACACCUCUCUAUCGCCGCCCUGUGGUGAGUGCAGGAACAGAAGAAGUCCAGUAAACUGGAGGAGAGUAUGAAGAUGCUAGACUAUGAGAUGAAGAAGACAGAUGAUCUGCUCUACAGGAUGAUCCCUAAACCUGUGGCCAAGAGACUACGCAAGGGAGAGCCUGCCGUCAACACCUGUGAGGUCAGGACUAACUGAUAGCAUGGCUAAGGGUGGGGUGGUGUGUGUACCUGUCUCACCUGUCCCACCUCUCCCUGUCUCCCUGUCCAACCUGUCCCACCUGUCUCCCUGUCUAACCUGUCCCACCUGUCUCCCUGUCCAACCUUUCCCACCUGUCUCCCUGGCCAACCUGUCCCACCUGUCUCCCUGUCUCACCUGUCUCCCUGUCCAACCUGUCUCCCCGUGUCACCUGCAGGUGUUUCCAGACGUGACCAUCCUGUUCAGUGAUGUGGUGGGCUUCACCCGUAUCUGCAGCCACAUCACGCCCAUGCAGGUGGUCUCCAUGCUCAACACCAUGUACACACUCUUCGACACACUCAGCGAGAAGCAUCGUGUCUUCAAGGUGUGUGUGUGUGUGUGAGACAACUGAUCGUCUGGCGUGUGUGUGUAAUACGUUAACCCAAUGCUCUCCUCCUAGGUUGAGACCAUAGGUGAUGCGUACAUGGUGGUGGCGGGGGCUCCAGAGAAGACUAAAUACCACGCCCACAACAUCUGCGACAUGGCCCUGGACAUGGUGCGCUCCAUAGACCACCUCAAAGACCCCUCCAAUGGCAACAACAUACAGAUCAGAGUGGGUGAGUGGAGACGCAAUGGGAACCACUCUCAUACUGAAUCUCAGUGUCUGUGUGCUGUGCGUAUACAUAUGUUGGUGAAGCAGAUGUGUGUUUAGUUGGGUCAGAAACAGAAGGUUUGUGUUGCAGGGAUCCACUCUGGCAUGGUGGUGGCCGGGGUGGUGGGCCAUAAGAUGCCACGCUACGGUCUUCAUGGCGACACAGUCCACACCGCAUCAGCCAUGGAGAGCAACGGCAAGGUAAGGAGAGUGUGAGAGUGUGAGAGAGAGAGAGAGAGCAAGAAAGUCAAAGAAAAGGAAGGGUGAUGAGAGGAGAAGAUAAAUGAAGAUACAUUUCUAACAGCUUCUAUUGAGCCAGGUGUUCUAUGACUGAUAUGGCUGAUCAUGAUAUGACAUAUCUGACUCCUCUCUCUCUCUCUCUCUCUCUCUCUCUCUCUCUCUCCUCUCUCUCUCUCUCUCUCUCUCUCUCUCCUCUCUCUCUCUCUCUCUCUCUCUCUCUGUCCCAUUCAGGAGAUGCACAUCCAGCUCAGCAGCGCCACCUAUGAGCACCUGAAGGGAAGCCACUUCAUAUUCGAGAGGAGAGGCACUAUCACCAUCAAGGUCAGGGGUCACCAAUGUCACAAUGGCAACCUUACCGACCUCCGUAACUAUACGGGGGUCGGUAAGGUUGGUCAUCAUGUCCGCAGCGAGAGACCAACUGGUCAUCAUGUCCGCAGCGUGAGGUCUUUUGAAAUUUGAAGCCAGCAUGGACUCUCAGUCUUCCCAUUCAAGAAUAGAAGUAAUUAUGACCCAUAUCAUUACAAUGAUUAUAUUUCUAUGUUAUGGCCCUCUCACUUACAACACAGCUGGAGGGCUAAGUUCAUAACUACUGAAAUGUAUGCUAUUGUUUCCCAAUCGAUGUCAUCAAAACAUUCUCAUUUUCGCCCUCAGAAACAGCUGUUCUGUAAUCAGAUGUUUGUAUAACAUAAUUCUCCCUGCUGUUGCUCCAAGCUGUUUUUAAAGCAUUCUGGGAGAAUCUGAGAACGAGAGACCAACUGUUUUAUUAUGAGUGUGUAAACUAUUUUAAACAAUCAACAUCACCCUAUACUGGUAUUCGCAAACCAUAGCUUGGUGUUGGGGGUCUAAAUGCCAUCACUGGGUCUGUCUUUGAGUCUAAAGAAAUGCUAAAGGUUUGUGAGCCAGCCAGCUGAUUAUCAGGAGGUAGCAGUGACUCACUUUGUCAUCAAAGGCUCUCUGCCCGUCUGCUCCCUGCAACUUUAAUGAUCAACAUCACAGCUGUCCAUUAAACCCAACCCUCCUUAUCACUUACUCACACAGCGUGUGUGUGUGUGUGUGUGUGUAUGUGUGUGUGUCUGUAUGCAUGCUUAUGCAUCCUGUGUGUAUAUGAGCUGUGCCUGUAUUUUUGUGAUGUGUCAUCCUCUUUCUUAAAUGAAAUCUUAACUGAAACCUCCCUCCCAGGGUAAUGUAGAGAUAGAGACAUACUGGCUGAAGGGAAAGAGGGAUAAGGAUGGGAAUGCCCAGGCUGCCUGUCCCCAGUUUGAGACCCAGACCAUCAGCAAGGCCAUCAGUAAGGCUACUAUCUCAGCCCCUGAAGCCAGCGGAGACCAAGACAGACUGGUAAUGUAACCUACUGUAUCUCUGGUCUGGUGCUUUCUGUCAAUAACUCUGCUCUAAGGAAAGAGAUGCCCCCAGGGCAGAAUGAGGAGAUAUAUUGUGAUUGGCUGCCUUGAGGGCACAUAUGAAUUAAUUGGAUUUUAAAUGGUAACAGUUUUGUUGUGAAGAAAUCAAAUGAAACAACACAACUCCUUGUAGCAGAUAGUCAAUAUAAUAAUAUUUCCACUCUCAGUCCCAUAUCAAAAUCUUAUGAAAUGAGCUUUGUGCCUGGACUGCUCAUGGCUUAGCUUAACUGUUACCUCAAAUGCCUUGCUAAAUCUUGAGAAUCUUUAUUUUCAUAUCGUCGAUUUAUCCCUCAUCAUGGUAUCAUGGCUCUAUCCCUCUCUCCUUGAACCAGGUGUUCCCGUCGGUGGCAAGGGAGGAUGAGGAUGAUAUGAAGUCCAUACGUUCCCACCGUAUCAAGAUGGAUAUUUCGGGCCAUCACUCCCUGGUGGAGUCUCUGGAGGAAUGUCGUGCUGAGGAAAUGUCUGUCAGCAAGGUGAGAAGGGUGAGACACACUGCUGGAUUGUUAUCUAUGGAGUUCACUUAGACUGAAGGAUAGAGUUCAGAUUUUACUCUGACACAUUUCGUCUCUCUCUCUCUCUGCUUUUUUCACCUAUUCCUCUCUUUUUGCCCUCUCGCCUCUCACUCCCCUCUUUCCUUCUGUCCUCCUUUCUCUUUCUCCCUCUCUCUUUCUCCCUCUCCCCCCUCUCUCCCAGUCUCACUAUAAGGAUGCCCUCCACCAUAACAACGGUCUACAGGACAGUCACAUUGAGCUGGACUCUCCAGAGUUUGACGUGCAUGAUUCCAUCAUGGCAUCUCCAGACGGCUCCAUUGACUCCCACUGCUCAGAGAAGAGCGCCAUGUGCUCCGUGUCGUGAACCCUUAGUCACCAUGGCGAUAUAGGCCACUUAGGGCGAAGGCUCAAGCUGUGGCUGAUAAUAAUGAAAGUUAUACUAUAAUAACUUUCUUGAAAAAAACAUGCUUUUAUAUAUUUGUUUCAUUCGUUACAGAACGCUGAAAGCUCGGGUAACAUUUAACCAUGAACAUUGUUUUAUUACAGAGCGCUGUUGUGCCUUAUUUGUCCAAUGUGUCCAUGUUAUGGCAAUCUAUGUACGAUUAAAGUAGUCCAGGCCAACGUGUGAUAACACCAGAAAUGUUUUAUCUGUAUAAAGAUUAGUCAUAUAUGUUUAAUAAUAUAUUCCUACACAUUGAAUAGAGCACAUAUAGUUACUUUGUAACACAUACUAACUGUAUUCUGCCUUUCACUGUUAGCUCCCGCUGCAUGACUGAGUCCACUCCGCUGUGUCAGCCUUUCUCACGCAUAGCCUACUGCACUAACAGAACAGAACACCAUGUCAACACUGUGGAAAUAAAACAAGGUGACAGCAUAGCUAGAGAAAGUCUAAUGGAGCUUGUUUUCAUUGACAUGCACACAUAUACUGCAUUGGCAUUUGGGUUACAAUAGAGACCACUUACAGGCAAGUCAAUAAAGGUCAAACAUACAC